GCCGGCCCACGUGGACCUGAGCCGCGCCGGGCGCGCGCCCGCCCGCCUGCAGCCUGGGCUGGGGGUCACGGAAGGAAACCUUACAGAAACAUGAAGCCCUCAACCAUCUGGAACUCACUUAUUCGAGGCUGACUGCGGCUUCUAGAACAUCCAGGUGUUCUGCAGAUGCAAGAACUCAUCCUGUAGUCACCAGAUGGAGUCCCAAACAGCCAAACAGAUGUAAGGCCUGUGCUGUGGCUCUGAGGCCCUGAAUACAGACGGGUCAUUUUCUUAGUGGCCAAAGAGCAGUUGUCGACAUUGAUGUCUAAUUAUUGAACACGACCAGUCAUUUUACUGAGCUGCGGUGAGGAAACACUGACCAUAGAAGAUCAAGCCAAAUUAGGGAUUGCAAAUUUCCUGAUUCUUUUGAAUUAGGAUUCCAGAUGGGGGCCUCAUUUCUAUAGCCCCCAACAUUCCUCUAGCCGUUAUCACUGCCAUCACCGCUGCCACCAGCAUCUUCUUGCAGACUCCACCCCUGCUCCCUAGAGACUUCCUGCUUUGAAAGUGAGCAGAAAGGGAGCUCUCAGAAAAGUCUCUAGUGGUGGCUGCCGUCACUCCAGACAAUCAGAAUCCUGCCUUAACCACCAUGGGCUGGCUUUUUCUAAAGGUUUUGUUGGUGGGAGUGAGUUUCUCAGGAUUUCUUUAUCCUCUCGUGGAUUUUUGCAUCAGUGGGAAAACAAGAGGCCAGAAGCCAAACAUUGUGAUUAUUUUGGCUGAUGACAUGGGGUGGGGUGACCUGGGAGCAAACUGGGCAGAAACAAAGGACACUGCCAACCUUGAUAAGAUGGCUUCGGAGGGAAUGAGGUUUGUGGAUUUCCAUGCAGCUGCCUCCACCUGCUCACCCUCCCGGGCUUCCCUGCUCACUGGACGACUUGGCCUUCGCAAUGGAGUCACACGCAACUUUGCAGUCACCUCUGUAGGAGGCCUUCCGCUCAACGAGACCACCUUGGCAGAGGUGCUGCAGCAGGCGGGUUACGUCACUGGGAUGAUAGGCAAAUGGCAUCUUGGACACCACGGCUCUUAUCACCCCAACUUCCGUGGUUUUGAUUACUACUUUGGAAUCCCAUAUAGCCAUGAUAUGGGCUGUACUGAUACUCCAGGCUACAACCACCCUCCUUGUCCAGCGUGUCCACAGGGCGAUGGACCAUCAAGGAACCUUCAAAGAGACUGUUACACGGACAUGGCCCUCCCUCUCUAUGAAAACCUCAACAUUGUGGAGCAGCCGGUGAACUUGAGCAGCCUUGCCCAGAAGUAUGCUGAGAAAGCAACCCAGUUCAUCCAGCACACAAGCACCAGCGGGAGGCCCUUCUUGCUCUAUGUGGCUCUGGCCCACAUGCACGUGCCCUUACCCGUGACUCAGCUACCAGCAGCCCCACGGGGCAGAAGCCUGUAUGGUGCAGGGCUCCAGGAGAUGGACGGUCUGGUGGGUCAGAUCAAGGACAAAGUCGACCGCACAGCGAAGGAAAACACAUUCCUCUGGUUUACAGGAGACAAUGGCCCAUGGGCUCAGAAGUGUGAGCUAGCAGGCAGUGUGGGUCCCUUCACUGGAUUGUGGCAAACUCGUCGAGGGGGAAGUCCAGCCAAGCAGACGACCUGGGAAGGAGGGCACCGGGUCCCGGCACUGGCUUACUGGCCUGGCAGAGUUCCAGUUAAUGUCACCAGCACUGCCUUGUUAAGCGUGCUGGACAUUUUUCCGACUGUGGUAGCCCUGGCCCAGGCCAGCUUACCUCAAGGACGGCGCUUUGAUGGUGUGGACGUCUCCGAGGUGCUCUUUGGCCGGUCACAGCCUGGGCACAGGGUGCUGUUCCACCCCAACAGUGGGGCAGCUGGAGAGUUUGGAGCCCUGCAGACUGUCCGCCUGGAGCGUUACAAGGCCUUCUACAUUACCGCUGGAAAAGAAGUGCCUGCUCUCAACUCAAGAACCAAUGGCAUCAUCAGUGGAAUUAAAAGGAAGUCCCAUGAUUCUAAAUGAUUCUCACCUUGGUAUUUAAAGUAUUGCAUGUCAAACUUUAGCAGAAGCUUUGAAACCCUGAGGGAUUUCCCCCACUUACUUGCCGGUUCAGCCUUAUGGACAAGAUGUUGCUGGAGUAGCUGUAAUUACAGAUCUCUGUGCCUUUCUUGAAGUGAUACACGUUCAUCUGCCGUGGUUUUGUGUGACUGACUACCACCACCAGGCUGCUGGAGAAGAGGCGCUCCACGAUGUAGACGUCCGGGAUUUCAUCUGGGAGGAAAAGCAGCCGGGAGGUUACAUGGAUGGAUCACUUCCAAAAACGAUUCCAGCCUCCAUGACACUGGGCCCGGCGCAGGCCAGGUUCCAAAGGUUCUCCAGGUCUUGCCGGCCAGGCGCCCUCUCUGAGCUUGCAUUGACAGUGAUCCACCAUGCCCCCCAUCCUGCCAGGUGGCUUUUUACCCUCUCCCAGGGAGCACUUUCAGAGUCCUUUCCAAAUAUCUAAAGUAAAGAAAACACUAGUGGCCUGGCAUGGUGGCUCACGCCUAUAAUCCCAGCACUUUGGGAGGCUGAGGCAGGAGAAUCACUUGAGGCCAGCCUGGCUAACAUGGCAAAACCGCAUCUCUACUAAAAAUAUUUUAAAAAUUAGCCAGGUAUGGUGGUGCACAUCUGUAAUCCCAGCUACUCAGGAGGCUGAGGCAGGAGAAUCACCUGAACCCAGGAGGAAGAGAUUGCAGUGAGCCGAGAUCAUGCCACUGCACUCCAGCCUGGGCGACAAGCAAGACUCCAUCUCAAGAAAAGAAAAAGAAAACACUAGUGACUAGACUGCAAAGUCAGAGCAAAGGCAGACAGCUGCCUCUGAGGCUGCCUGAGUAGUAGAAUCUCCCCUCCAGACCCUAGGGCUCCACUGUUUGCUGUGUCAAACAUGUUUGGAAUAUCCGAACAAUUUUCAUCUACCCUUUCCCUGAGAGAUUUCAAAGGCGUGACUUCUCAGUUGGGAACCUCUGCUUCAGAAUUCUUCUUGUCCCGCUAGAGGGGUGCCGACAUGGGAGGGGACAGUAACACAGUUAAAUCUGUACUCCCCCUACCCCCCAUCUUGCUGUGCUCCCUGGAUCUCUUUCCUGCUGAAAACCAUCUGGACAUCAGUAUUAUGACAAGGAAAGUACUUCUGUACUCAGGAAGAAGUUAGUUAAUGACCCUCCUGAGCUCAAAGGUUAUGGCUUUGAUGUCUUUCUGAGCAUGUUCUUUUCAUACGUGUGCCUUUCUUCCACUUGGAAAAGGCCCACAGGGAACUAUGUGGGACAUAGAGCAAAAAAUUCACAAAAAUGGUAUAAUAAAGAUAACAUCUUACAAAUAAAGUAGGAGCCCAAAAUAUUA